GAUGAAGAAUCAGAUGUUCAGCUUUCUAGUUCAGUUACAAGGCUUUCGGCUGAAGGUAAAUAUUACACAGUCAACAUACAAUCUCUUUUAAAAUUUACAAACAUAUAAUCUUGUUAAAAAAGAAUCUUAAUUGCUUUUUUAACAAGAUCAUUUUUGUUUCAGACAUUGAUUUAUAUGGAUUCUGCCCUGAAAGAGAUACUUUUUACACGGUAGUGUGUGAAACCUGCCAUGCAAUAGUCAAACCACAAGCUCUCAUUCAACAUAUGGAAAGUCGCCAUCCUUCCGGCACGGUAAAUUUUCCACCUCCCUCCACCCCGAUUGUAAAAACUCCUCUGAAGACACCGUCGCCGCAGAUCUCAAACAGUGGGAGCAAUAAGAACAAUCACACGAACGUGAAACGGAAUACGAAGCAGCCGAACAUCUCAACGAGCUUGUCAUCUUCAUCGAUAUCCAUCUCACCGUCACCUCGAUCGCCUCUCGAGUCGUUACCAUCGACUGUGCCAACAUCGAACUCUGGGUCGGGACCUUUGAUCACCUCGAGUCCUGUGAAAAGUCCUGGCACGGCGACCGGUCAACCUCGUCGAAAGAGACUGAAAACCGACCGAUCGUUGCUCAAAGACCGAGAGUACGACCCGGAUCGACACUGUGGUGUGUGGAACGAGGAAACAGGCAAACCCUGUACCAGGUCGCUCACGUGCAAAGCGCACACGGUCUCGUUACGGCGGACAGUCGUCGGUCGGAGUAAAACAUUCGACAAACUCCUCGCGGAGCAUCGUGCCUCGAAGGAGAUCUCCAACAGGCCGACGAAAGUAACCGUGACCGGUACAGUGACCGUGUCCUCCGGGACCUCGAACUUGAACCCCUUAACACCCACCACCCCCGUACUGACCAUCGAAACGGAAACACCCAGCUCGCCACCUGUUCUAUCGCUGCCAGACACGUAUCCACUGCCAAAGACCAAGCUCGAAGAGGACUUCGCCAACGAGGAGCUGAGGAGCCUGGAGUCGUCGCUAGUGAAUUCGACCGGUUCGUCACAGUCGAGCUCGAUGAUGGCGCCGAUAUCCGUGGUGUUGCCAUCGUUGUCACCGUUGCCGGCUAAUAACGAGGAAUCGAUGUCGUCGGUCGCCACGCUGAUACCGAGCACAGCAUCCCCAGCUAUACCGGUGCCAGCAACACUGCCAGCCACGUGUGCGCAACCGUCGUUGGUCACGACGGUCCUCGAGGCUGAGACACCGAUGGACAUCGAUCCGGAGGCAGCAAUGACCAUCUACUCCCCCGUUUACAAGGAUAAAUCCAAGUUGCUGGUCGAGCUACCACGUUCGAACAAUAUCGCCCAUUCUCCUAUAUCGUCUAUGCCCAGCCUGCUGUUCGACUCUAUGGAUCAGCUGGAACAAUUGGAACAGCAACACGCGACGCAGAUCAAUGGAAAGAGACUGAAUCACGCGGCACGCUCAAGUCCCGUUACGCAACGACAGCCGAAGAGGACCAAACACGACUACCAUCAACAGGAUCUGUCCACGGCGAUACAGGUUGAGGCUACGACCACGUCCUCGCCUUAUCCUCAUUUCGGGGAUGUAUCUUGGUCGAACUGUCACCCGGAGCCACUGGCUGUUAGUCGGUGGCUUCGUAUUUCGUCCAGCCGUAAGCAGUACAACUUUAAUAUUCAC